CGUAGCGAACUGCGCCCGCCCCUGGUGAGGAAGCGCAAGCUGAACAGAAACUCGCCAUGCUUCAAGCCAGGAGCUGAACCAGUUUGCUGUAUCUGGCAAAUCCAUACGUUUCAUCUUCAACGACUGAGUCGCUCACUUGUCUAUCGCAUCCUCCCUUCAAUUCCACAAUCCGUGGCACAGGCGCUCUCUGCGGUCCACUUCCGACUUGGACCAAAGUAAACAGAUCUCCACGUAUUGAGAUCAUCCAUCUUUGUCACUACUCAGCCCCCUCGAGGCCUCUGGCACAAGGAUAUUCGAUUGCGCGGCCACUCGCAAUAGCAGUAUCUUCGCAUCAAACAUCUCUCAAACCGUUCCUUCCCACCACCGCAUUCCAACCCUUGACACAGACCACCUUCGUUUGAUCUUCUCAUUCACUCCUUCGCUACCUUCCGCCUACCAUGGCGUACAAUCGACUCGGCAGUCCGCAACGAGACGGGCCUUAUUCCCCAUCAGCCAACCCUCAUUACGAUUCCAGAUCGCCUUCUCCUGGCCGACCCUUACAACCCUACGCACAUCCUGACGAGUCCUUCUCGAGACAGCAACCUCUUCAUUUGCAGAUGCCUGGAGCUUCCCAUGAUCGCCUCGCAAUGCAGCCCACCUAUUCGGUAGAAAACAUAAGCAACACUCAGGGGCACAAUCGACAAUAUGAGCAGCAAUAUCCUGCUGGAGGGGACAUGGGAUAUGCGAGGAAUGACUACGUCGUGUCGCCGGAGGAGCACCACGAUUCCUAUUACAACCAGCCUUAUUCUCCUCACCCACAAGGCGAUUAUGCGCUAGACCCCUAUCCCUCGCAGGGCGAGCCAUAUCGAAAUGAUCAUGACACCGCUCCUAUCCUACAGCCAGACUCUGCCUAUGGUCCCGAUCCUCAUUCUCAGCCCGGAUUGGAUUAUGACGGCUACCACGAUGAACCACGUCCUACACCAUCCCCAGCGCCAAUACGGAGGUGGAAAACUGUGAAGGAAGUACAGUUGUUUAAUGGCAACCUUGUCCUUGACUGCCCUGUACCACCAAAGCUGUUGGCUCAAGUCCCACACGCGCAACCGCCAGAGAGAGACGAGUUCACACAUAUGCGAUAUUCAGCUGCAACUUGUGAUCCUUCUGACUUCUACAAUGAACGAUUUACUCUCCGACAGCGGCUGUUUGCUAAACCGAGACAGACCGAGCUCUUCCUGGUUGUCACAAUGUACAAUGAAGACGAAUUCUUGUUUGCUCGAACAAUGAUCGGUAUUUUCAAGAAUAUCGAGUUCAUGUGCAAUCGGGGAAGCAGCAAGACGUGGGGCAAAGAAGCCUGGAAGAAGAUUGUUGUCUGUAUUGUCAGUGAUGGCCGUGCGAAAAUCAAUCCCAGGACCAGAGCAGUUCUGGCCGGUCUAGGGGUCUAUCAAGACGGCAUUGCAAAGCAACAAGUCAAUGGCAAAGAUGUCACGGCCCAUAUUUACGAGUACACGACCCAAGUCGGGCUGGAACUCAAGGGCACACAGGUGAUGUUGAAGCCUAGAUCGGCUACGCCCGUACAGUUGCUCUUCUGCCUGAAAGAGAAGAACCAAAAGAAGAUCAACUCACAUCGCUGGUUCUUCCAAGCUUUCGGUCGGGUCCUGGACCCCAAUAUCUGUGUGCUGAUUGACGCUGGAACGAAGCCUGGAAAGGACUCAAUCUACCAAUUAUGGAAAGCCUUUGACUUGGAACCCAUGUGUGGUGGUGCUUGUGGUGAAAUCAAAGUCAUGUUGGAUCAUGGUAAGAAACUCUACAACCCGCUGAUCGCCACUCAAAACUUUGAAUACAAGAUGUCAAACAUCUUGGACAAGCCACUAGAGUCUGCAUUUGGCUUCAUUUCGGUGCUUCCUGGUGCAUUCUCGGCAUAUCGGUAUGUGGCUCUCCAAAACGACAAGAACGGCGAGGGACCAUUGGAAAAAUACUUCAAGGGAGAAUUCAUGCACGCUGAAGCAGGUGUCUUUACGGCAAAUAUGUACCUGGCCGAGGACCGUAUCCUGUGUUUCGAACUCGUCAGCAAACGCAAUUGCCGAUGGAUUCUGCAAUACGUCAAAUCUGCCACCGGUGAGACCGACGUCCCCGACAAGAUUCCCGAAUUUGUUCUUCAACGACGGCGAUGGCUCAACGGCUCGUUCUUCGCGGCCGUCUAUGCGGUCACACACGUGUACCAGCUCUGGCGUAGUGAUCAUAGUGCUAUACGGAAGUUCAUGUUUUUGAUCGAGUUCACCUACCAAACAAUCAACAUGCUGUUCGCUUGGUUUGCUAUUGGCAACUUUUUCUUGGUCUUCCGGCUUCUCACAGCAUCACUGGGAUCACCUGGGCCGCUGGGAACUGCAGGCACCAUCCUGGGCGUUGUCUUCGAAUUCGUCUACCUGGGAACCCUACUUUACUGCUUCAUCCUCUCGAUGGGGAAUCGACCUACAGGCUCGAAAAAGUCCUAUCUCAUGAUGGUCAUUUUCUGGUCACUUCUCAUGUGCUGGCUGACCUUUGCCUCCAUUUUCUUGACGGUCAAGUCGAUUCAGACCGAGGUCUCACAGAAGGAUUUCAGUUUCUCAACGAUCUUCAAUAACAGCACAUUUUUCGGACUGAUCGUCUCCUUGGCAAGUACAUACGUCUUGUGGUUCGUGGCAAGCUUCUUGUUCUUCGACCCUUGGCACAUGUUUACGUGCUUCCUCCAAUACAUUGUGUUAACUCCGACCUACAUCAACGUUCUCAACAUCUAUGCCUUUUGCAACACCCACGAUAUCACAUGGGGAACCAAGGGAGAUGAUAAAGCGGAAAAGCUCGAGAGUGUCACUGUCAAGCCAGAUGGCAAGCUUGAUGUCGCGAUCCCUCAAGACGAUGGUGAUUUGAACGCCCAAUACGACUCAGAGCUGAAAAAGUUUGCAACCAAACCGGUAAAGGAGGUCAAGAAGGUCAAUGCAGCGGACAAGCAGGAAGACUAUUACAAGUCGUUCCGCAGCAAUGUCGUCACGGCAUGGAUGAUCACCAACUUCAUCCUGGUCGCGGCAGUUCUGAACACGGCUGGAUUUGAUAGAAUCAACACAGACAACACAGAGCAGCAGAAUUCGACGAUCUAUCUGGCAGUUAUUCUAUGGUCGGUAGCUGGUCUGUCGCUGUUCAGGUUUAUUGGCGCUUGCUGGUUUUUGGUGGUGAGACUGUUCCGUGGAGUAUGAUCAUUCCAAGACCAGAACGAGUUACGAGUAAUGAGAAACAUUUGGGAAUCUGGAUUGGGUCCACCACCUGGCGUCGGCGGGCUGACAAGGAUGGAUAUUGUAUGUUGUCGUCGCGAAAGCAUCUGCAUGACAUGAUACCCUUUGUAAAUGUAUCAAAUGAAAGCUUCUUUGGAAAGUCUGCAUACUGGGUCUUCUGGCAUGGUCAGGAAGCGUGCGACUAGCUUAGUAAUGGCAUUCGGUGACUGUGCAAAUCAGGCCAGAACGCUUCCAAGAUCUUCCAGUUUCGCUCAUUUUACGCUGGAGGGAGACGGAGGGCACCGUCGCUUGGGUUUGUCUUGGGUUUGUCUGGGUCUAAAUCUCAAGGCUCACUAGGCCAUAACAAGGU